CAUACGUCAUCAAAAUACUCCUUCAGCUGUUCGAACACUCAAGUGUCACCACGAGAGCUGCUACAUGGGACAUAAACUCAUUCAUUAAAUCACUAAACGAAGAUGGCUCUAAUGGGAGUUCAGUUGGUGGUGAGCUUGCUGGCGGUCAGCAUAAUGCAAAGAAUGGCCCCACAUCUCUCCUUUGCACGCUGGCUCUUAUGUAAUGGCAGCCUUUUCAGGUUCAAACAUCCAUCCGAAGGCGAGUUGUGUGCCCUGGCAGGGAAACAGAUUCCGAAGACCAGCAGGCGAGACAGAAGACAAAAUGGACAUGGAGAAUCCAAGCCGCUCACAGUUCCAAAAGAUAUCGAUCUUCACCUAGAGAGUGCGCCUGUAAAUGUCUUGGACGCACUUGUUUUGCGGUUCUUUGUGGAGUAUCAGUGGCUGAUUGACUUCGCCGUCUACACCACAGGGAUCUACCUCUUCACCGAAGGCUACUAUAGUGUAGUAGAUGCUAGUAAGGAAGUCAAUAUAGCUUCCAUCUGGUGUGUGCUGACUGUUUUCUUCUGCUUGAGGACGCUGUAUCUUCUUACGAGCCACUACUUUCGCUCGGAGGAGGGUGGAGAGCGCUCUGUGUGUCUGGCUUUUGGCUUCUUAUCUCUACUUAUUGCAAUGCUGGUCCUUGUUGUGAGAGAAGACUACCUGGAGUUUGGCCUAGAGCCCGGAUUUACCAGUCUUUUUGACAAUUUCGAGGUCUUCGCCAAACAGCAAGGCUACGAGUGGUCGGUUCCCUUCACCAAACUGUCAGUCAAGUUGGGGCUGGCUGUCAUUUGUGCCUUCAUUGGAGCUCUCCUUGCUUUCCCUGGAUUGCGAUUGGCUCAAACUCAUCUAGAUGCAGUUCAGAUGAAUUCAGAUCGUCCAAUCAUUCAGAUCCUUUUGCACCUGAGUUUUCUGUCUCCACUGGUUAUUAUUGUAAUGUGGAUUAAACCCAUUGCUAGAGACUUCCUGGGGAACGCCCCAAUGGGAAAGACAUCAGUGACCUUACUUUCUAGUUCAGCCUUUAACUCAGUGCGUCUUUGGACGAUCGUGGUCCUGUGUGUUUUGCGGCUGCUGCUCACCCGCUACCACUUGCAGGCGUACCUCAAUCUGGCUCAGAAGUGGGUGGAGCAAAUGAAGAAAGAGGCGGGGCGGAUUGCUGCCAUUGACAUCCAGAGGAAGGUGACCAGGGUUUUCUGCUACUUGACUGUGGUCACCCUUCAGUAUCUUAUACCCAUACUGCUCGUGCUUUUCUCAACUUUGGCGCUCAAAUCUUUAGGUGACUUUUCAUGGGGCCUUGGAGCAGAGACUCCGGGUGUAACCCCUGCUCCCAUAAUUCCCACCGCGCCUCCGCCCGCCCCCAGACUAGAAGACGACGAGGACAUGGAAGACAUGGAGGAAGACAUCCAAGCCACCGUAGCUCACCUGACCGAGCUGUUUGCUGCCUUACGUGGGGUCCUCACGCCCAUUUUCUUCAGGGGCAUCUUUGCCUUUCUCACGUGGUGGGUUGCGGCCUGUCAACUCAUUAGCAGCCUGUUCGGCAUCUACUUCCACCAGUAUCUGAUGCAUAACUGAAAAGUGCCCUGAAAUGAAGCUUUUUGUGCUGAAUCCAAUUCUUCAAGGAAACGCAACAUCAACUCGAACAGUCAUGCAAACACAUCUGACACGCCAACAAGAUGAAGGCUGGCUCUUCGGAACAAACGCUCAUCUAAACCCAUUGUAUUUUGCUGGUACCUAGAAACUUUUGUUUGGUACAAUCAAAGCAAAGAUGCUAGUUAACUCUAUAAAUAAUCAAUAA